AGUUAACAACGAUUUUUUUUUGCACAAUUUGCUUAAAGUGCUUAAAUAAAAAAAAACCAUCAUGUAUUUUCAAGUGUCUAUUAUUUUUUACGCGUUAUAUUUUUUCAUGGCAGCGUGGAGCCUUGGAAUAAAUAAAAGCCAAAUCAACGCAGUAAUUACAAUGUUUGAGGAGUUCAGAGAAAUGAAACAAGAAAUUCCCAAAGUUAUAAGGGUCGAAUAUACGUUAGACAAGAAACAUAUUGUGAUCGAUGAAAAAACUGUGCCAGAGUAUUUGAUAUCGAUGGCUCAUAUAGAAAAGGAACUGGACUACUGGGAUGAAAUAAGUUUGGCUACAUUCGAAGUAAGACUUUUCGUGAGAAUGUUUGACAUACAUGAUCAAAAGGGUGCACACGACGGGCUUAUUACUUAUGCCGAAUUAGUGAACUUACUUGACGUCGACUUAAACCUAGAUCCUGACCUCGAGGAGAAAAUAAAGAAUGAACUCAACAAUGACGAAUCAAUUAACGCACCAAAGUUCUUGGCGGCAAUUUUGAAACAUAAGCCAAAAGGCAGAGGUCUUGACAAGGCACAGAUAGAAAAAUGCUCGGCUUUGUAUAAACCGUGUUACGGUCACCUUCCUACUGCAAGCAUAAAAGACUUACUUCAAACUUUGCAUAUCGUUUCCAAUGAUUAUGUUUGGCUAUUAGAGUUCGAGCACUUCCGUGAGUGUAAAAUUAUGCUACUGUGA